CUUGCCUCGACAAAAGAGUUCUCCACAUCUAAGCAGCUGUUUUUCCACAGCGGUCCAAUCAAUGUUGAGAUUCUCAAAUCGCUUUUUCAGGUCGCGUUGGGAAUGAUCGUUUAUCGACACAAUAAUCGAGGUAUUAUCCGACCUUACUCUCCCGGCAAGGGAGAUUUUCUCUUCUAGUAACUUCUCCAACUUGGGCCUCAAGUUCACCGGCCAGUAGGCACUUGGAGUAAGCGCUACGUCCUCUUCUGUGUCUUGUGAGAUGAUCUUCUUAUUCAGUAUAACCUUCCACUCUAUCAUAUACGGGAUGCAGCUUGCCGGAAGCUCAUCAUUUUGUAGUUCCUCGUCCCACUCGGAGAGCUGGAGUAGUUUGGGUUUUCCUGCGUCGACUUGGCAUGCCUCUGCGAGACUGUUCUGGGUGGAAUACCCGGGGGAAGGACUAAGCCCGCAUCGUGGCUCCGGCGUGCAACUGAAGUAUCCUGGAGUGGGGGCAUAUUGCGAAUCCUGGUCCGACGCUUCUAGCUUGUAGGCGGAUCGAAGAUUAUUACCGUUGUAAUACGAGUCAACAGUCAUCGUCGCUGUUCUAACGGUCCUACCGAUUCUAAUGUCAGCAUGAUUUAGGACACGCAGC